AUGGCUCAGGAAUCACUUCUAUCGCUCGUUCAAAAAUGGCUCCAGUGGGACCAGAACCCCAAUACUCGAGCGGAAAUAGAGCACCUUCGAGAUGCUAAUGAUGAAAACGCCUUGGAGCUGUGCCUCCGAAACCGCAUUGAAUUCGGUACGGCGGGCUUGCGUGGCCGUAUGGCAGCGGGGUUUUCUUGCAUGAAUUCCUUGACCGUCAUUCAAGCCUCUCAGGGACUGGCGAGCUUUAUCCGCAAUCAACGGCCUGAAAUUGCAGCCAGUGGCGUGGUCAUUGGAUAUGACGCGCGCCAUAAUUCUCGUAGAUUUGCUGAGCUUGCUGCCAAUGCCUUCAUUGCUUUGCAGAUCCCCGUCUACUUUUUCUCUCAAACAUCGCCAACUCCGAUGGUUCCUUUUGGUAUCAACUACUUUAAAGCCGCUGCAGGUAUAAUGGUGACAGCAAGCCAUAACCCACCUCAAGACAACGGUAUGUUACAAGCUGACUUGGCCCUGCUCAGUUAUUCUAGCAAUGGGGCCCAGAUCAAUCGGCCAGAAGAUGGAGAGAUAGCCCAAUCUAUUCUCGAAAACCUCGAACCAUGGUCAGGUGCAUGGAAUGACCUUCAACCUGGCGAAUACCUGCAUGGCGACGCAUACGAAGCUCUCAUCCUUCCAUACAGAGCCCAAGUCAAAGAAUACGCAAUUUCGACAGUUUCAAAGUGGAGAGAGCUCAGCUCCUUCAUCUAUACUCCACUUCAUGGUGUGGGAGGCUUAGUGCUUCCUGACGUAUGCAGCUCACUUGGUGUGGUUGACUUUGUACCCGUCCGUCUUCAAGCAGCGCCGGAUCCUGAGUUCCCCACGGUUAAGUUUCCCAAUCCCGAAGAGGCUGGGGCUCUCGACCUGGCCAUAGAGGCAGCAGACCAGGAAGGGAGGACUCUCAUCAUUGCCAAUGACCCAGAUGCUGAUCGAUUUGCAGCGGCAGAGAAGGUGAAUGGCGAAUGGUUUCUUUUUACUGGAAACCACAUGGGUGUUCUGUUGGGAUCUCAUAUACUUGAUUCAUUGGACAGCAGCAAAGAUCUGUCCCAGACUACAUUCUUGACCACCACUGUUUCUAGUGGCAUGCUGGAAAAAAUGGCAAAGUCCAAAGGAGCUCAGUUUCAAGAAACGUUAACUGGCUUCAAAUGGAUGGGUAACGUUGCUAGAGACCUAGAACAGACUGGGAAGACUGUUCCGUUUGCCUAUGAGGAGGCACUCGGGUACAUGUUUCCUGCAGUUUGCUACGACAAGGAUGGAAUCACAGCCGCCUCCGUUUUUCUGGUAGCACAUGCAAAAUGGAGAUCUCAGGGGUUGACUGCACAAGCGAAACUUCACCAGCUAUUUGCGGAAUUCGAUCAUCACGAGACAUUGAACAACUACUUUCGGUCUCCCAGCUCAGACCUGACGCUUGAAUUGUUCCGUGGGAUUCGAAGCGGCUCCUUUCUUUCCACGCGAGAGUUUGGCAAAUACAAAAUUCUCCGCUGGAGAGACCUAACAGAAGGAUUUGAUUCCGCCUCUUCAGAUAAUAAGCCUGAUCUACCAGAAGAUCCCACGAGUCAAAUGUUGACCCUUUGGCUUGAAGGAGGUGUACGCUUUACGAUUAGAGGCUCGGGCACUGAGCCAAAAGUCAAAUUCUAUAUCGAAAGUUGCGGCGCCUCUCGUGACAACGCUGUUAAGGCUGUCUGUGAGACAUUCGUCACCAUUUUGACCGAAUGGGUUCAGAAAUAUACCCCUUCCAUGACCCACAGUAACCAGCUUCCCACCUCGUCAGGUCAUGUUCUUGAAAUCGAUGAGAAAUGA